UUUCCGCUAUUUUUGGAUGAUUCUUCUCAUUCUUCAAAAUUCUCUCCCCAAUUCAAUCUUCUUUCUCUUCCAACUGCGCCACCCCUCGUCCGUACAAAAUUCCGGGGACUUUCGUGACGGCGAUUCAACGUCCCUGAGGAAGAGGGGAGGGGGGCUGCAGUUGCAGACUCGCUGAGUUGAUUAGUUACAUUAUAGUUUAUGUGAUCAGUUCAUACCACAAUACGUACGUGACAUAUUUUGACAUGAAAAAUGGCGGGUGAAAUUGGUGGCACUGGUGGCGGUAGUUGCGGUGGUGAGAAUGACGCGCCGUCCUCCCCCAAAAACCGGAUCAAGUUCUUGUGCAGCCAUGGCGGCAGAAUCCUACCCAGGCCUGCCGACGGCCACCUCAAGUAUGUUGGAGGGGAGACUCGCGUCAUUGCAUUGUCCCGCGGCAUAACAUACGCAGAGUUGAUGGAAAAGCUGAGUACAUUGUCUGAUGGGGAGAUGGUGUUGAAAUACCAGCCGGCCAAUGAAGAUCUCGAUGCCUUGGUCUCCGUGAGAAGCGACGAAGAUCUAAAGCACAUGCUCGACGAAUAUGAUCGACAAGAGAGCGAGGGCAGCCCGAGGCCGAGAGCAUUCUUGUUCCCGUCCAAGUUAAUCAUGAUCGAGAGUCCAACCCCGUCGUUGGAACACCAGCUGGAGCAGCGUUACAUUGACGCCAUCAAUGGAAUCAUCCGAUCGCCACCAAAAAUGCAGCCUCAACCGCUGCAGCAACAGCAGCAGUUUGCUCCGGUUGCCCCAAAGGUCAUCGCAAGUAGCCCCAUGGGCAGCUUCGGCUUAUAUUCUGCAUGUUCAUCGCCCAAAUCAGCAUCUCAAUCAGCAUCCCCUGAACACCACGCGGUUGUGGCUGACAUGAGCAUGGCAGGUCACCGGCUCACACUUUCGCCUCCAGUGCAUAGAGUGCACAGCUCUCCAAGUAUUUGCAGCGCAUACCAAGGCCAUGUUCAAGGGCGUCUCCAACACCCUAACUACCACCAAAACCACCACCACCACCACCAGGCGUACCAGUCUUCGUUUAGUGCAAGAGCGCACCACCGAGGGAUUAGGACUCCACCUCCUUUGACGUCGCCAGGUAGAUCAGAGUCUGGAAGCGCGAGGUGCUCGUUGAUGGGGCCGAAUAUUUCUCCGGGUCAAGGCCAAAAUCAUAUUCCUUCCAACUUAUCUCCUAGUAGCAACAACAGCAGUCCUAGAUCAUCACUGAGACUUAGCGGUGGCGGAGGAGGACGAGGUCAUGAAAGCCUCCCUCGAAGUCCUAGAUAGAUUGUGUUGCUUUGUUACUAUUGGUAUUGGUUUUCACCGCUAAAUGCACGA